AUGAGAGAAGUUAUCAGUAUUAACGUCGGACAAGCAGGUUGUCAAAUUGGUAACGCAUGUUGGGAACUAUACUCCCAAGAGCACGGAAUCAGACCAGAUGGAUAUUUACAAGAAGGUUUAGACAGACCCAAGGGAGGUGAAGAAGGAUUUGCCACCUUUUUCAGUGAAACUGGAUCAGGAAAAUAUGUUCCUCGUGCAUUAUACGUUGAUUUAGAACCAAAUGUCAUUGAUGAAGUGAGAACUGGUAUAUACAAGGACUUGUUCCAUCCUGAACAAUUGAUUGCUGGUAAAGAAGAUGCCGCUAACAAUUAUGCUCGUGGUCAUUAUACAGUUGGAAGAGAGAUUUUGGAUGAUGUUUUAGAUAGAGUUAGAAGAAUGAGUGAUCAAUGUGAUGGAUUACAAGGGUUCUUGUUUACUCAUUCAUUGGGAGGUGGUACCGGUUCAGGGUUGGGAUCUUUAUUAUUGGAACAAUUAUCUUUGGAUUAUGGUAAGAAAUCUAAAUUAGAAUUUGCCGUUUACCCAGCACCACAAGUUUCAACAUCAGUCGUUGAGCCUUAUAAUACCGUCUUGACUACUCAUACAACUUUGGAACAUGCUGAUUGUACAUUUAUGGUUGACAAUGAAGCCAUUUAUGAAAUGUGUCGUAAAAACUUGGACAUUACUCGUCCAAAUUUCAGUUCAUUAAACAAUCUAAUUGCCCAGGUUGUUUCGUCAGUAACUGCUUCUUUGAGAUUUGAUGGAUCGUUGAAUGUUGAUUUGAAUGAAUUCCAAACCAACUUGGUUCCAUAUCCAAGAAUCCAUUUCCCAUUGGUUAGUUACGCCCCUGUUUUCUCGAAACAAAGAGCUAACCAUGAAGCAAAUUCAGUUUCGGAAAUCACUCAAUCUUGCUUUGAACCAGGUAACCAAAUGGUUAAAUGUGAUCCAAGAAUGGGUAAAUAUAUGGCCACUUGUUUGUUAUACAGAGGUGAUGUUGUUACUCGUGAUGUGCAAAAUGCCGUUGCUCAAGUCAAAUCGAAAAAGACUGUCCAAUUGGUUGACUGGUGUCCUACUGGAUUCAAAAUUGGUAUUUGUUAUCAACCACCAACUGCCAUUCAAGGCAGUGAAUUGGCUGGUGCUUCCAGAGCUGUUUGUAUGUUGUCUAACACCACUGCUAUUGCUGAAGCUUGGAGAAGAAUUGAUAAAAAGUUUGAUUUGAUGUAUUCCAAGAGAGCUUUUGUUCAUUGGUAUGUUGGAGAAGGUAUGGAAGAAGGAGAAUUUACUGAAGCUAGAGAAGAUUUGGCUGCCUUGGAAAGAGAUUACGUUGAAGUUGGUACUGACUCUUUCCCAGAGGAGGAAGAAGAAUAUUAG